AUGAAUAAAAAUUACUUUGAAGUAGAACGCGAGUGGAAUUUUGGAAUUGUCCUCGAACCGUCUGAGGUCAAGUCACUUCGUGAUCAAAAUGCAGAUCUUUCAAGUGCUUUUGGAGCUUUUUAUGAGCAUGAAUUAUUUCUACAUGACUUGAAUAUACCAGUUUGGCGUCAUGGAUUAAUUGGACGUCCAGAGCCUUUGCGAGUACGUAAAUUACUUGCAAAUCGAUCGGAACUCAAGAAAUUGGAAGAAUUUGCGAAUCGUCCUAAUGCUCAAUUGAUUCCAAUGCGAAUUGAAGUUGGCAUUACGGGAUGGAUCAAAGUGAUUAUGGCAGCGUGCUUCAAACGUGGCCAGAUUGACAAUCGCAGACGCGAUGACGAGAGAGAAAUCAAACGGCAACUGCGCGAAUGGUAA